AUGCCCAAUCCUGCCACCCAGCCAUCUCCAGAGCACAUGGCCACUCCCUACUGGGGCGCCUUGCCCAAGGGUCCAAGUACCGCCCGCCGCGCCUCUGGUGAUGAUCAUGUCCUCGACGACCAGCCACCGCUAAACCCCAUGGAUCCCUUCUCUAGCUCGAGUGCCCCCCAACAACAACCUCGACGAGACCGCGCCUCAGUCCAGACAGCACGCACUGGCUAUACUGAAGCUCCCACCGAGUCUACCUUGAGCCCCUUUGUCUCGCCUACGAGGUCAAGCUUCGCACCGCAAGGACUUGCGCCGCGGCCUCCAACCUUACCCUACGGCUCGUCUGGAUACGCCGACGAGUUUGCCGAGAAGCGACAGCGCCGUCGAAGCUUGAAGAACGAAGAACAGAUCGACAGGACAGUUGGACCCACGCCACCUGCUGCGCCUGACGUCCCUCGAGCUCCUCCCGUGAGCUAUCGUCAGCCGUACACCCAGAGCGUCCAACCUGUCGGACCUCUGGCAUCCCAGCGUCAAAACGUCCCUCCCGUAGAUAUCGACGACAUGGAGCCCGAGGCCUACUACAAGGCGGAUGGCCAGCAAAACUACCCGCGCACUGAGCGUUCACAAGGAGCCUCACGCCCGGCUGGUCCGCCCAGAGAUGCCCGACAUGAGAGGAGGAGGUCCUCGGCGACGAACACUCUACCCCUCAAUGGUGCUGGGGAAGCAUUGGAUCCUGCCAACCAGCCCACCAGGAUACCAAGUGGUCGGAAGGUCUCUACAGACAUCCGCUCGCCCCUCCAGCAUUUAGAGACUGUUCUCAGCAAGGAGGAGAAGCGUGCUCGCAUGGAAGCCGCUGAACAGAGGGCACGAUCGAAAGCGAAUGCCGAUCCAAAGUUGCUGCAGCCGAAUGCGCAACGAACGCAGCCCCGACAGCCCAGGCCACAACCACAGCAAGCCCCAGUACAACAACCACAGCAAGUCCGAUUCAGCAACGAUCGGGACCCAGACAUUUAUGAAGACACCCCGGCUCGUGGUCCUCCACCGGUGAUCGCGGUCGCGGCAGCCCCGGCAGCUGCAGGCUCUAGAGGAUAUCCUCCACGAAAAGCCCCAGAAGACGGAAAGUAUCCAUCUACCGCCUCUCAGCAAAACCGUAGACCUCCCGAGCCCGCGUACCCAGAUGUGCAUCAAACUCUGGAACACAGUUCAGGAAUACCCCAGCGCAAUCUCAGUUUCCGUGAUCGAGCGCAGAAGGAUGAUCUGCGGUUGCCCAGCAGCAGCGUGAGGAAUGAAAAUGAAGCCAGUCCGCUCUCAACGCCGUCAGUCACGACGCCCGGUGGUGGCUUCUCUCUCACCAGAACCGGCAGCAACAAGUUGAAGAAGGAAAAGCCUGGCGAUCCAUGGUUCAGGGUAAGGCAGCAGGCGGAGCAGCAGUACAGCAACGCGGAUACGCGAAAUCUCUCCAUGGACAGGUCAGCCGCUGCCACAGGCGGUAGCGCAGGCCCAGCGCAGCGAUCAGGCUCUUUACAGGGCCAACAGUACCCUCGAGAUCCCAGUAUCCCCCCCGAGCAGGCCGGGCGGGCCGGCGUACCCAGCAAGGCUGCGAGACUGAUCGGUAUCGACAUGGGCGGGGUCCAACGCAGGUCUACUGCACCAACAGUCAGGAGACAAUCAUUUGAUCAAUACGACGCUCCCCAGCGUGGACCAGUGCCGGUAGAUGGAGCACCAGCCGUUGCGCUCCAGACCGGGCGGUACGCAGAUGCGCGGCGACAGCGACGAAACGAGGAUAGCGAUUACAAUUCCUCCGACGAUGAGCGCGGUCACCAUGUCUCGAACAUGAUCUACCGAAAGAAGGAGCAUAUGAGCCCUGGUCACGGACUGUACCUACCGCCUCAAUGGCUUAAAGAGUGGCAGAAAAGCACGACUGGGCUUCUUGGAGGCUCGCUACUCGACCUCAGUCAAGAACAGCUUCCGGUGAUUGAUAAAACCACACCGUGGUGGGAAGGCGACAACACGAGGAGGCGGUCUAGUGUCAAUUCGAGGCCACGCAAAGCUGAGGCAUUCGACGGCGAGUACGACGAGAGAUCAGGUGUGUAUCUUCGCACGUCUUCUGCCAGAAUAUGCUCACUCAUAACUGCAGCUCCCACUAGGUUUAAGCCAUCUCUGCAUCUCAAAUGUGGUCCACUUCUGCGCUAUUGCGGUAUUCGACACGAGAAGGGCUUGGUCGGUCGCUCAACCAAAGCUGCUCCUGCGGAUAGAGAGAUUUGGAGAGGCACGGUCAUGAUUGUGACCCAAGACUCCCAGUCGUCAUACGAAAUUUCUCCUACACUUCGCCUAUUCGUUCAACCGAUAGAGCUGUUGCCUCCGCCUCCCCAUGAGAUCUCGGGCGAACAGCCACUAGCCCCUGAGUACGUUGACCCAAUAGCAGGGUUACCAAAGCUAGGAAGGAGAGGAGAGACUUUGUACGUUCGCCCGGUGGAGCAUCUUGAGGAAGCCAAAGACCUCUCCAGGGACGAGACAGACGAGGGUCUCUUUGAGACUUCGAGAAGCCCCCCCGACUACCCUGUAGCUGAGGGUGCCGUCGAUCUCUCAUACACCAGUCGGCGUGCCCGCGCCAAACUGGAUGGCGAAAGAGUAUCAAAGUACAAAGAUGUGCGAGGAUUCCGUCUGCAUGCUGAGAGGGGUUACACCUUCUGGCGCUUCAACAUUGAGGUUGAGCUCGGUGGAAAGCAGCAGCGCAUCGCCUACCGGAUCAACAGAGGUCCUGCUAUGGGAUUUUGGGUUCCUGCCAAGGGGCAGUCGAUGAACAUCAUGUUCCACAGCUGCAAUGGGUUCAGCAUGAGUGUUAACCCCAACGACCUCAGCGGCCCUGACCCUAUGUGGCGAGACGUUCUUAACAACCACCAGACCAAUCCUUUCCACGUCAUGAUUGGAGGCGGUGACCAGGUCUACAACGACUGCCUGAUAGGUCAAAGCGACCUUUUCAAUGACUGGUUGGACAUUCGGAACCCCCUACAAAAGCACAAUGCGCCUUUCACACCGGCAAUGCAGAACGAGCUUGAAUCGCUCUACCUCGAGCGGUACUGUAUGUGGUUCUCGCAAGGUCUCUUUGGGCUCGCCAACUCGCAAAUCCCCAUGAUCAACAUGUGGGAUGACCACGACAUCUCCGACGGCUACGGUUCAUACCCCCACCAUGACCAGAACUCGCCGUGCUUCUCCGGUCUAGGUGCUGUCGCAUUCAAGUACUAUAUGUUAUUUCAGCAUCAGAGCAUCCCUGUCGAGACCCCGUCCACGGAACCGAGCUGGCUCCUCGGCGAGAAGCCUGGGCCGUACAUCAACGAGCUUAGUCGCAGCCUUUUCACGUCUUUGGGCUCCAAGGUUGCGCUCUUAGCCGUCGAUGCCCGCACCGAGAGGACUGAGGAUGAUGUCAUUAGCGAGGGAUCCUGGAAACUGAUCAUGGAUCGCUGCUAUGCAGAAGUCAAGAGUGGCACCACGGAGCAUCUGUUGGUGCUACUUGGAGUGCCCAUUGCUUACCCAAGAAUGGUGUGGCUCGAGAACAUCCUUACUUCCAGGAUUAUGGAUCCUGUCAAAGCUAUGGGUAAGCUUGGUUUGCUUGGGAACGCACUCAACCGCAUCGACGGCGGAGUUGAGGUGUUGGACGAUUUGAACGAUCAUUGGACAGCCCGCAACCACAAGAAAGAGAGAAGUGUAGUCAUCGAAGAUUUGCAGGAUCUGGCUGCAGACAAAUCAGUGCGGAUCACAAUCCUCAGUGGCGACGUUCACCUCGCCGCCGUGGGACAAUUCUACACCAACCCCAAGAUCGGUCUCCCGAAGCACAAGGAUUUCCGCUACAUGCCGAACAUUAUCUCCUCUGCAAUCGCUAACACGCCACCACCGAAUAUGCUUGCUGAUGUCCUCAACAAGCGUAACAAGGUGCAUCACUUUGACGAGAACACUGACGAGUCCAUGAUCCCCAUGUUCUCGCACGGUGUAGACGGAAAGCCGAGAAACAACAAGCAUCUGCUUCCACAUCGCAACUGGUGCUCUAUCCGCGAGUGGAAGCCAGGGAUGACACCACCACCGACGCCUCCUCUUUCAAACUACGACGGAAGCCCCAGUCCUCCUCUCGCAAGAAAAGACAGCAACGGGGGUGUUAUGCGGCGCCUGACCAAGACUCGUGGCCCUCAAUACCGUCCUGACGCACCGCAGCAACGCGAAUCCCGGCCGCCCAUCACAGGCGAGAAGUCUGGUGGAUUGUUCCGCAGGUUUUCGAGGCGCAGCUCAUCCGCAGGGCAAGACACUGCGCGACCUGGUCAGCUUACUCGCACCAUGUCACUGACCCGGGGUGACUUUAGUCCCCGCAAGUUCUUCAACCGGCGUCCCAGUAUAUCACGGCCGGAUGAUGGCGGAAUCAAUGGUCAAUGGGGCGAAGCUGACGGGGAAGCCGACUUCUACCAGUACGAUGAUCCUCGCCGACCUCCUUCGCCGCCUAGGCAGCAGAAAGGUCUAGUCCUUCGUGGAGGCGGACGGCCUCAAUUUGAUGAUCGACAUGAUGAAUUCCAGCCUGGCGACGAGGACUACUUUACGGCUAGGGCACCUCCUCGUCCUCCCAAGCCGCCACACCAGCAACAGCUGUACCCACAAGGUUACCAAGAAGACGCACCACCUGAGCCGCCCAUGCCGAUCAGACCAUUCCAUCGAACGCCUACGGGGCUGAGUAGGAAGCAGACGGGAAAGGGGGUUGCUGGGGCACAUGACAUUGAUCUUGAAGGUGGCCUUGACAUCUGUCUUAACGUAGAGGUGAAUCCUCGAGACCCAGCCGGUAUCACAGUGCCAUAUCGUCUACUUGUGCCACGUUUGUUCUGGGAAGAUUCCAAGGACGAAACGCCUCCAGUGGUGCAGCAGCCAGCUCCAUCGGCCUUCAAACGAUUGCUGAGCUUUAGGAAGAAGCAGCAAACGGGUGGUGGUCCAGUCAGCCCCCAACAGUCGAGCUCUGUGCCCGCGAGCCAGGAAUAUCUUGGGGGCCGUGGGGAUGGCGGGCAGUGGGGGCCAGUAGCACGAGGCCCACAGCCGCCGGCUCAGCAGCAUUACCACCACCAGGCGCCCCCUUCUCAGCAACAACAGCAGCAACAUCAGCAGCAGCAGCAACAGCAGCAGCAACAACAGUAUGGACAGCCAGUUCAGCGCCAGCACCAUCAUCACACGAGUCAGCAACAACAGCCUAUGAUGACUCGUGCUGGACUUUCACAGCCGUCAUCUAGCCGGGCGGGCGGCUUCCCGCAAGCGCAUGUUCCACCUCCACAGCACUACCAGACGCAGCCAGGCUCAGGAAAGCACGGCGAGAUUGAGUAUGAGGAGUAUUAUGAUACGCCGGACGAGGAUGCUGGACGUUCAAAGAGAAGAUAUUAA